UUCAAGGCUCAUCCAAUCAGAAUCAUCCUUCUUGCGGCGCGAAGCGUGCGGCGCGGGGCGCGGGAGGGCCGUGUCGGCGCGCGGAGUUUGGAAAGUGGUUCUGCUCGGCACGACGAAGCCUGAGUGAGGCAUGAAGACCAAAGUUUCAGAACCCACAAAGAAAAGCCAGUUCAGUGGACAAACCUGUAAUCUCAUUAGAGAUGAGCCAGGAGCUUGCUGGCCAGCCAGUCUAGCCAAAUUGGUGAACUCCAGGUUCAGUGAGAGGACAUCUAAUGUUGACUUCUGGCCUCUACAAUAACUGGAUCAUGGCAGCUGUUCCUCUGAACAAUCUACAAGAACAACUACAGCGUCACUCAGCCAGAAAACUUAAUAAUCAACUCAGCCUUUCAAAACCAAAAUCUUCAGGUUUUACCUUUAAAAAGAAAACAUCAGAGGGUGAUGUGUCUGUAACUAGUGUAUCUGUGGUAAAAACACCUGUGUUAAGUGAUAAAGAUGUGAAUGUGGCUGAGGCCGUUUCAUUCACUGAGCCUCCACUCCACAAACCAAAGCAGCAGGCAAAGAUUGAUGGCUUCUUUAAAAAUUCCCCUGAAGGACAGCAAAGCCAGGGGACCUGCUCUGAACAGUCGCUGCCAGACAUGGUACAGAUUCCUCAGGAUGCUUCAUGUAUUACUCCAAAGACCCCAGCUGGGAAGAAACCCCACUUGGCUGUUUUCAAGAAAUUAGAAUUUAGUUCUUCAGCAGACUCCCUCAAUGAUUGGGCUGAUUUGGAUGACUUUGACAUGUCAGCAUCAGAUGCAUUUGUUUCACUGACCAGAAAUCCUGCCACAAGAGUAAGCACUGCUCAGAAACCAAAAAAGACUAAGGGAAACUUCUUUAAACCACCACCUCGUAAAGCAAAUGCAGUAAAGGCUGACUUGACUCCUCCUUCCCCUGAAUGCCUGCAAGUGGAUUUAACGAAGGAACAGGAGGAGGAGGCGGACUGCCUGAGCAGGGAUGUGAUCUGCAUUGACAAUGACUCUGCUUCUGAGGAGCUCCUGGAGAAAGACACGCAGGAAAAUCAGUAUUUGAAAGCUCACUUGGGAGCUGAAAGAGAUGACAGUGAGAAGAAGAGCCAUGAAGACGAAGCUGCAUUCCAUUCAGCUCAGAACGCUCUAUACUUUGAACACAAUGACAAUGAUUAUGAUAUAGAUUUUGUUCCACCUUCUCCAGAAGAAACUAUUUCCACUGCUUCUUCCUCAUUGAAAUGUUCCAGUAUACUAAAGGAUCUUGAUGACUCUGACAAAGAGAAGGACAUUCUUAGCACCUCAAAAGAUCUUCUGUCAAAACCAGAGGAAAUGACCACACAUAAGUCUGAUGCAGGAACCAAUAAAGACUGUGAUGUCCAACAGAUAAGCAUCCAGCAUCAGCUUAUUCAUGUAAUGGAGCACAUCUGUAAAUUAGUUGAUACUGUUCCUAUUGAUGAACUGAAAGCUUUGAAUUGUGGGACCGAACUGCUUCAACAGCGAAACAUAAGGAGGAAGCUCCUAGCUGAAGCAGGUUUUAAUGGAAAUGAAGUCAGUCUUCUGGGUUCUCUGUGGAGGCACAGGUCUAAUUCACUUGAUAACACUGUGCAGGUUGAUUCCUGCCCUGUGGGGCAUCCUAAUAAAGAGUUAAAUUCUCCAUACCUUCUCUCAGACUCCCCUUCCACUGAGCAAUGUUUACCAGCCACCACUCCAGGAAGGACAGGAUUCUCAGCCACCCCAAAGAAUCUCUUUGAAAGGCCGUUAUUGAAUUCCCAUUUACAGAAGUCCUUUGUAAGUAGCAACUGGGCUGAGACACCGAGGAUGGAAAAGAGGACCGAAAGCACUUACUUCCCAGGGAGUGUUCUCACAAGCACCGCUGUGAGAGACCAGAGUAACCAUGCUGCCUUAGGACACAACGUGGGGAGAGAAGUCCAAGCUUCCGAUGAUAUCGAGAAUUUUAACAUUGAUGACUUUGAUGAUGAUGAUGAUGAUGACUGGGAAAACAUCAUGCACAAUUUUUCAGCCAGCAAAUCUUCCACAGCUGCCUACCCACCUAUCAAGGAAGGUGGGCCAGUUAAAUCUCUGUCAGAAAGGAUUUCUUCAGCCAAGGCAAAGUUUCUUCCAGUGGCAUCAACCGCUCAAAAUAAAAACCUCUCAGAGUCAAUUCACAAUUGCUCUGAUAAGUUGGCACAAAAUUUAUCAUCAAAAAAUCCAAAACAUGAACAUUUUCAAAGUCUUAAUUUUCCUCAUACAAAAGAAAUGAUGAAGAUUUUCCAUAAGAAAUUUGGCUUGCAUAAUUUUAGAACUAAUCAGCUAGAGGCGAUCAAUGCUGCGCUGCUUGGUGAAGACUGCUUUAUCCUAAUGCCCACUGGAGGUGGUAAAAGUUUGUGCUACCAGCUCCCUGCCUGUGUUUCUCCUGGGGUCACUAUUGUCAUUUCUCCCUUGAGAUCACUAAUAGUGGAUCAAGUCCAAAAGCUGACUUCCUUUGAUAUUCCAGCUACAUAUCUGACAGGAGAUAAGACUGACUCAGAAGCUGCAAAUAUUUACCUCCAAUUAUCAAAAAAAGACCCAAUCAUCAAGCUUUUGUAUGUUACUCCAGAGAAGGUCUGUUCGAGUAACAGGCUGAUUUCUACUCUGGAGAAUCUGUAUGAGCGGAAGCUCUUGGCACGUUUCGUCAUUGAUGAAGCGCAUUGUGUGAGUCAGUGGGGUCAUGAUUUUCGUCAAGAUUACAAAAGGAUGAAUAUGCUUCGACAGAAGUUCCCUUCUGUUCCAGUGAUGGCGCUCACGGCCACAGCAAACCCCAGGGUGCAGAAGGACAUCCUCACUCAGCUGAAGAUCCUCAGACCUCAGGUGUUUAGCAUGAGCUUUAACAGACACAAUCUGAAAUACUAUGUAUUAUCAAAGAAGCCCAAAAAAGUAGCAUUUGAUUGCCUAGAGUGGAUCAGAAAGCAUCACCCUUAUGACUCGGGGAUAAUUUACUGCCUCUCCAGGAGGGAAUGUGACACAGUGGCCGACACCUUACAGAGAGAAGGUCUUGCUGCUCUGGCUUACCAUGCGGGCCUCAGUGAUUCUGCCAGAGAUGAGGUGCAGCACAAGUGGAUCAACCAGGACAGCUGCCAGGUUAUCUGUGCAACAAUUGCGUUUGGAAUGGGAAUUGACAAACCUGACGUGCGAUUUGUGAUUCAUGCAUCUCUUCCUAAAUCUGUGGAGGGUUAUUACCAAGAAUCUGGCCGAGCUGGAAGAGAUGGGGAAAUAUCUCACUGUGUGCUUUUCUAUACCUAUCAUGACGUGACCAGACUGAAGAGACUUAUAAUGAUGGAAAAAGAUGGAAACUAUCAUACAAAGGAAACUCAUGUCAAUAAUUUAUAUAGCAUGGUACAUUACUGUGAAAAUAUAACAGAAUGCAGAAGAAUACAGCUUUUAGCUUACUUUGGUGAAAAAGGAUUCAACCCUGAUUUUUGUAAGAAACACCCAGAUGUUUCUUGUGACAAUUGCUGUAAAACAAAGGAUUAUAAAACAAAAGAUGUGACUGAUGACGUAAAAAAUAUUGUAAGAUUUGUUCAGGAACACAGUUCAUCAGCAGGAACAAGAAAUAUAGGACCUGCUGGAAGAUUUACUCUGAACAUGCUGGUCGACAUUUUCUUGGGGAGCAAGACUGCAAAAGUUAAAUCUGGAAUAUUUGGAAAGGGGUCUGCAUAUUCACGACAUAAUGCUGAAAGACUUUUUAAAAAGCUGAUUCUAGACAAAAUCUUGGAUGAAGACUUAUAUAUCAAUGCCAAUGAUCAACCAAUUGCCUAUGUGAUGCUAGGGACAAAAGCCCACAGUGUGCUGAGUGGCCACUCAAAGGUGGACUUCAUGGAAACAGAAAAUUCGAGUAGUAUUAAAAAACAAAGAGCUUUAGUGGCCAAAGUAUCCCAGAGAGAAGAGGUAGUUAAGAAGUGUCUUGGAGAACUUACAGAGGUGUGCAAACUGCUGGGGAAAGUCUUCGGCGUCCAUUACUUCAAUAUUUUUAAUACAGCCACCCUCAAAAAGCUUGCAGAAUCUUUAUCUUCUGAUCCUGAGGUUUUGCUUCAGAUUGAUGGUGUUACUGAAGACAAGCUGGAAAAAUAUGGUGCAGAAGUGAUUCCAAUAUUACAGAAGUACUCAGAAUGGACAUUGCCAGCUGAGGACGGUUCCCCAGGCGGCAGAGGCUCUGAAGGGAGCACCCCAGAGGAGACUGAGGAGGAGCAAGCGCCUGUGUCUUCUCACUACUUUGCAAAUCAAACUAGAAAUGAAAGAAAGAGGAAGAAAAUGUCAGCCUCCCAAAAGCCCAAGAGGAGAAGAACUAGUUACGGUGGCUUCAGAGCAAAGGGGGGCUCUACUACAUGCAGAAAAACGUCUUCUAAAAGUAAAUUCCAUGGUGUAACUGGAUCCAGCUCGGCCUCAUGUGCUUCUCAAGCAGCAACAGCAGCCAGUAGAAAAUUGGGGAUUAUGGCCCCUCCAAAGCCUGUAAAUAGAACGUUCCUCAGGCCUGCAUAUGCCUUCUCCUAACAGUUCUCUGCACAUAGAUCUUGUUUAUCGGCAUCUGACCAUCUGUGAAUAGAAAGCUGUUAGUCUUGCUACAGCAUUUGAAGUUUUCACUUCUAUCUAUUAAUAUUUAAAUGUAUCUCAUGUGAUAGUUCUUAUUUUUAAAUAAACAUUUUCUUUGCUGCUACUGCAAAUGUAGUGGCCAUUGUUUCUCAGAGCA